GACUAAAGUGGCCAUGACAGAGGAAUGCGCACACCCCGUCAAGAUACCGCGGAUCAAGUACGUGGACUUUGAGACGUCGAUCUCCGAGCGCCACGGUAUCGUCUGCGAGAACUGGCCGCUGCCCAACUUCUGCGCGCCGGGCAGCCUGAACUCGCUCAUGGAACUUGAAAUCCUGCAUCAAGCCUGGAGCACGGGCGUCACGACAUUCCGGAAGAUGUCGCCGGAAGAACAUCAGCAGUUCAAGGAGGCCCGCGUCCAGCGCCGUCUCCAGGCGGCCAUCGUUCAAGCGAACGCGGCAGCGCUUGCUGCACAGCAGAACGCCCCUGUUACACAGUCGCUCAGCUCAGGUUCUAGUUUAGCUCCGAUACCACAGCCGUUGACUCCAAACGGAACUCCUUCUCCAAACGCUGUCUCAAAAUUACCAACCGACACUCAAGAGCCGGUGACCGCCGAUUCGUCGCUGACCGCGAUGCACCGUUCGAAGCCUGUUCAAAGCUCUGCGUCACAAUCGACCCCGCCGACCAUGAAGGUCGAUGCACAGCUCUCUACGUCUCCUGCGAAUCUUUCCACAACACUGCCCGAGCAGCUGCCCGUAGCCUCCUCCUCUACCGUGACGCUCGAGAGCCUGAGCUCUCCAGAAGUCGCGGGCCCGUCGACCUUCGUCUUCUCGACGGGCAAGCGUCCUCCGCCGUCGCAGUUUAACAUCCUCGGCCCCAUGGGCCUCAUGCCGAAGAAGCCACGGAAGAAGCGGGCGGAUGCGGGCAUGAAGCGUGGGCCGAACAAGCGCACGAAGAGCACACAUGCAGACGCUGAGGCGGCGCCGACGAAGGCACCGGCGGAAACAGAGGCACCAGACGAAGAGGAAGGUGCAGAAGAGCAGCAGAGGCAGACACCGACGGAUGUCGGCGGCGAGUCUUUAGGAGGGCAAGUGACGUCGCAUGCGCACAGCCGGCUGUCCGCCCCGGGUCUCGAGAUACAGUAUGUUAUGCCUGACCCUGGCGGAACGACGUCAGUUUUCCGGGUGCAGGCACAGCCGUCGAUGCAGGUACGAGCACCCCUGCCAAACAACCCACCGGCAGAACAGGAAGUGCAAGUGCAGCCUGAAGGGCUCAGUGGGAGUGCCUGAGGUACAGACAAUAUUCGUACUUAUGUAUUGUGUUUUGAGCACUUGAAUCGCACCUACUAAUGUCGUAUAUUCAUGCCUUCGAUGGCACUUUUCUAUGAAAAACCGCACGUAGUACUGUACAACCUCCUAUCCUGCCACUUGCAGUCUAGAAUACCGAUUUCA